GCUACUACUCCAUUAAUCCAUUAUAUCUUGGUUUUGUUACAUGGUUAGAUAGUAGUAUAUUAAAAAUAAUUAAUUAAAAUGACUGUGGUAAUAGUAGUUUGAAGUGGUAAAGAAAAGGACAAAGGUGAAGGGUGAUUCCGUGUUAUCUACCUCUUCCUCUAUUCCAUCACCUAUCAUCGUCAGUAGUAUUUACUUGUUGGCUCACCCUCGAUUUGAUCGUUCCUCUCUCUCUCUUUCUCUCUCUCCUGCUUUUGUUUGCCAGUGGCGCAUUGCAGGAAACGAGGGGGAGAGUUUCAUUGGGAAGGUAAACCCAGCCUUUGUUUGCACCAUUCCCUCAAACCAUUUACAUCAGCAUCCACCACUCUCUCCUCCCUCCUUUCUGCUUUCUUCUUUCUAUUUCAACAACCCAAGUUAUAGAUUAUUUAUGCGUGCGUGCAUCUUCUUUUUUCCUCUCACUAGUGAAUGCUCUAGUGGGUGGUAGUAAGUUUUAAGAGACUAAACACCCGUUUUUCCAAGGAAAUUUGUGCAGACUUUGUCAGGGAAGUUACAGUGGGAAAAAAAACCCUCUUCCACUUCAUGUAACAGACACACAACUACAGCACUAGAUCACUGUUUUGGAUUUUUUAUGUAAAAAAGGCCUGCAACUUGUAGCAUAAAAUCCGGGGGUGCCCUGAAGUAACUCAUCUUCAGAGCUAAACAGAAAAGUAGAAAGUGAGGAAAAACAGAAAGGAGGGUUUUUGUCUUCAAAUUUUGAACUAGUGUGGUGUAGGAUAUAAUAGCUAGGGAAAACGGACAAGAGUGUGGAUGGGUGAGGAGGCAAUGGAGGGUGUAAUUUCUUCUAAAGGGAUGGGUUUUGGAGAGAAUACAAGUAGUAGUGGGGUUUGUCCAAUGAUGAUGAUGCCUUUAGUGACUUCUCAUCAUGUUGGUCAUCAUCCAUUAAAUCAUCCUAUUCUUAAUAAUCCCAAUCCUAAUGAACACACAAACACUCUCUUCCUUCCCAUGCCUUGUACUAAUAAUAAUCACCACCCGAACCGCAAUAACCACAACUCCAACGCCACUGAGUUAGGGUAUUUCAUGGAGAUCCCCAACAACAACAACGAUGGAAGCUCCUCUUCCCCUUCUUCAGCUGUCAAGGCCAAGAUCAUGGCCCAUCCUCACUAUCACCGUCUCUUGGCAGCCUACGUCAAUUGUCAAAAGGUUGGGGCUCCGCCUGAAGUGGUGGGAAGGUUAGAAGAAGCAUGUGCAUCUGCUGCAGUGAUAAUGGCAGGUGGAACAGCCAGCAUAGGCGAGGAUCCAGCGCUGGAUCAGUUCAUGGAGGCUUACUGUGAGAUGCUGAUCAAGUACGAGCAAGAGCUCUCCAAACCCUUCAAGGAAGCCAUGCUCUUUCUUCAGAGGAUCGAGUGCCAGUUCAAAUCUCUCACUAUUUCUUCUUCUUUGGACACUACUGCGUGUAAUGAAGCUAUUGAUAGGAAUGGGCCAUCUGAAGAUGUUGAUGUUCAGACCAACAUAAUAGAUCCGCAGGCAGAGGACCAAGAACUGAAAGGUCAACUCUUACGCAAGUACCGUGGAUACCUAGGCAGUUUGAAACAGGAAUUCACCAAGAAGAGAAAAAAGGGCAAGCUGCCCAAAGAAGCAAGGCAACAAUUACUUGAAUGGUGGAGCAGACACUACAAAUGGCCUUACCCAUCUGAAUCUCAGAAGCUGGCUCUUGCAGAGUCAACAGGCCUGGAUCAGAAGCAAAUUAACAACUGGUUUAUCAAUCAAAGGAAGAGGCACUGGAAGCCUUCAGAGGACAUGCAAUUUGUGGUGGUGGAUCCAAGCCAUCCACACUACUACAUGGAAAAUGUUCUGGGCAAUCCCUUUCCCAUGGAUCUCUCCCACCCAAUGCUCUAAAAAAUAACGUUUUGGUGCUUGUGUGCUCUUAAAGUAUAUGUAUUGUGUCUAAAUGCAAGGCAUUCAUAUAAUAAUAAGUAUGUUACUCUGAUUAGUAACGAUAUUUACACAGUAAAAGAUGUCUCAAAUGCUAAUUAUUGAUAUUUACACAUUAAAAGAUGUCUCUGAUGCUAA